AUGUCGCAGAUUCACCUGCCCAGCCUGUACCAGGCCGCGCGCCUGGGCUUUGGCAUUGCCAUUCCCCACUACCUGGUCGUGCCGGCCAUCCGGCUGGCCUCCUUCCCGUACUACCUCCAGCGCGAGGGGUGGAAGCCCCGCGACGCGGAGCGCUUCGUCGGGCUGACGGCCCCGGAGGCGGAGGCCGCCACCGCGGCCAAGACCGCCGCCCUGGCCGCCGACCCCUUCGCCAACCACCCCUUCAGCCGGCACCUGGGCCCGGACGCGGCGGAAAACGCCGCCCGGCAGCAGAUCCUGGAGAUGCAGCGCAAUGCCGAGGCCGACACGCGCCUGGCCCAGGCGGCGCGCGACGCCCGGGCGGCCAUCCUCCCGGCCCGGCACCGCCUUGUCAUGGAGUUCGCCAAGGACCUGCCCCCCUGGCCGCCGGCCACGCGCAACCAGCGCGAGCUGGUCCCCCGCGUGGCCUGGCUCCGGCGCGGCUACUCCGGCGACAUCAUGGACUACCUGAACCUGGCCCGGCGUCUGGAGGAGACCGGCGACCAGGAGGCCAUGGCCGCCUACCAGGCCUUCGUCCAGGAGGGCACCCACGCCCUGGACAACCUGGCCCUGCGGAAUCCCCUGCUGCGGGAGCUCCUCCCCCGGCCGGAUGACUUCGACCUGUGCAUCCUGCUGGACACCAUCCCCGAGCAGGUGGCCCAGAUGUACGGCCACUCGCCCAUGGCCCGGGUGGGCAUCCCGGUGCAGUCCUUCUCCGAGCUGAAUACCGACGAAAUCAUGGACAUCAUCGACGAGGAGAUGGACUUCGGCGAGGACCCGAAUGAUCCUCGCGGCCCGAUGGCCUCCCCCCGGCCCAUCGACCGGACCGAUGGGCGCUUCUUCACCGAGUACCGCAACCUGUAUGAGGCCCUGACCGGCACCGGGGCCGGGGCCAUGCCGGCGGACAAUGUCCGCGGCCGCCGGCGCCGGUCCAACACCCCGCCCACCCUGCCGGACGCCAUGAUCAUGCCCGGGCACUUUGUGUAUGCCCCGCUGGCUCGCGAGACCGGGCUCUACUUUGCCGGCCAUGCCACCGGCUCGGCCACCUACGACUCCGACCUCAUCGACGAUGAUGACGCCCAGCUGAUGAGGGAGCUCCAGGACACGGCGGCCGCCAUCACCUCGGCCGCCCAGGGCCCCAGCAAUCUGGACAACCUGCUGCAGUCCCUCAACCAGGAGCAGCCCGAUGGCGAGCGUGUCAGCGGCCGGGCCCAGGCCUUCCGUCCCGGGCAGUCGGUCAAUCGGGAUGCCCUGCGCCAGGCCGAGCGCCUGGCGGCCGAGGCCCGCGAGCGGGCCAUCCAUGCCGAGGAGGUCCUGGCGGCUGCGCGCCUGGGCCCGGCCAAUGAGCGCGCCACCGCCGCCGCCGCCGCCGCCGCCGCCGCCGAGCAGGUCCGCCUGGCUGAUCGGACGGUGGCCGCCGCUCGCCAGGCCCGCCAGGCCAGCCACGUCAAGACCACCGUCGUCGCCGAGGCCCUGGAGGACGCCGUGGAGGAUGUGUCCCACUCCCUGAGCCAGGAGGCCCGCGAGGGGCGCGAGGUGUCCCCGGCCCGCGAGGCCGGCCGUCCCGGUCGCCGCAAGUGA